CGCGUCUAUCUUCCAUCGAAUAAGAAGAAGACAGUAAUCACGCGCAAUUUUCUUAGCUUAAGGUUCCAACCGUUAAAGCAUCCUCACCAUCAUUUUGAUGAUCAGCUCUUUUUCUAGCUGGAAAAGGCGCUAAGGAUGCUCGCAAGGAGGCCAAUGCGGUAGCUCUAAUCACCCUGCGUACCGUCUUUUCUUCCUACGUGAAAUUGAGGACAGACUCUCCAAUUCCAGGAAAGCUUGCACCCAAAGAAACAAGUGAAAUGGAUCCUGGUGGUACUACACUUUCUAUUGAUGUGGAACUAAAAGUCCUAAAUUUUAAUUCUUUCGUGGUCUCCGUUACGCGAUUAGGAGGUGAGACUCAUGCCAGGCCGUCAUGUCCUCUGGAAGAUGUUUCCACUGUGAUCAUGAUCACACAUGAUCACGUCCUCUGCUUGAAGAGGAUGCACUUCUCUUCAUCUUAUCUUCACUCAGUUUCAUGUUAUCACUCUUCAGCGAUGGCCGGCACCGACGAGUACAUGGGAGGCAUUCUCUUACGGCCAAUCGAUGUGUUGACUGUAUUAAUUUACAUUUCUAUCAAUGCUUAAAGCACACAAAGAAAAAAAACCGGUAAACUUUCCAUCAUAAAUAUCCUAGGUUGACCCCUCCAAUCAAAGUAUUUACAUUUCUAUCAAUCUAUGCGCAAUUUGCCAUUGUUAUGACGGAAUCACGCAGCUUAGGUUGUCACGUGCUUCGUCAAGAAUGGAUGAAUGCACCCCAUGAGUGUUGGGUUAGCUACUAGUACUACCACCACAAAUUCUUGUGACUCUAACACUACUAAGAUUACUAAGGAUACUACGACAUUCUUUUCUAAUUUGCAGCCUCAUAGAGAAACAAACCAAUGCGGCAAAGAACAAG